UUUCAGUAUAUAGGGCAGCAAGCCCAGAGCCGGUUGUCUGUGCGCAGGAGGCGCUGCCCUACAUCGCGUUUUAUAAUGAUUGCUGCAGCGUUUUUGGUCUUAUUGAGACCGUAUAGUAUUCAAGUUGUUUUGCUAUUAUUGCUGCUAUUGCUUGGAACUAUUGCAACAAUUCUUUUUUUCUGUUGCUGGCAUCGGAGGCUUCGUAACGGAAAACAUCCCAUAAAAUCUGUGCUUUCAGGGCGCUCAAGGAGUCGCGAAGCUGGUCUCAGGACGCAUCAUUUUCGAUCAGAGGGUUUCAGGCACAGUCCGCGCCAUGCCAGGAGGGCACGCGCUCGAGUGGCAGAGGAAAAGCCUCUUGUCGAAAUUCCCCAGAGUGAUCAUCAGAGUGACUCGUCCACAACUGUGAGGAAACGAAAAGUGAAGAAAAGAGUCCUUCCAGACUUCUAUCACUCAGUACAAGUCACCCCAACACGCAAACCCAGCUCCGGUUCUGGCAACGCUUCCCUUCACUGUUCCAUGUCUUCAUCGGCGGAUUUCUCGGACGAAGAUGAUUAUAGUCUUAAAUCUGGGUCGGUCUCACCGGCACCGGGGGACACGUUACCCUGGAACCUACCAAGACACGAGCGACAUAAGCGACAAAUUCAGGGAGGAUCCGUUUUGGAUCCAGCAGAGAGAGCUGUGCUCAGGAUUGCAGAUGAAAGAGACAGAGUGCAGAAAAAGACUUUUACAAAAUGGAUAAACCAACAUCUCCUGAAGGUCCGGAAGCAUGUUAAUGACCUGUAUGAAGACCUACGAGAUGGACAUAACCUGAUCUCACUGCUGGAGGUCCUGACUGGCCAGUCAUUGCCAAGGGAGCGUGAUUUCCUCAAGACGUUGCGGUUGGUGAGUUCGGCAGAAGCAUGUGCGGUUGAGCAGCAUGGACAUGAACAGGAUGAUGAUAAGGGGCCUCGGGAGAAAGGGAGGAUGCGGUUCCACAGACUCCAGAAUGUACAGAUAGCCCUGGACUUCUUAAAGAGGCGGCAGGUCAAGCUGGUUAACAUCAGGAAUGAUGACAUCACAGACGGGAAUCCCAAAUUGACGCUGGGAUUGAUAUGGACCAUAAUUCUGCACUUUCAGAUUUCUGAGAUCCAUGUUUGUGGGGAGUCGGAGGACAUGACAGCCAAGGAGCGUCUGCUGAUGUGGUCCCAGCAGAUGACCGAGGGCUACGUGGGCGUACGCUGUGACAACUUCACCUCCUCCUGGAGGGACGGGAGGCUUUUCAAUGCUAUCAUUCACAAAUACAGGCCUGACCUGGUGGAUAUGGCCAGAGUGUCAGCCCAGACUAGCCGGUCAAACUUAGAACAGGCCUUUGGUGUGGCUGAACGGCUUGGGGUGGCCAGACUACUGGACCCUGAGGAUGUGGAUGUGCAGACUCCUGAUGAGAAGUCAGUCAUCACAUACGUCUCCACUCUGUAUGAUGUCUUCCCUAAAGUACCUGAUGGUGUUGACGGUAUCAAUGCAAAUGAUGUUGAUAUAAAAUGGGUAGAGUACCAGAACAUGGUGAAUUACCUGAGCCAGUGGCUCAAACACAAUGUGUCAGUGAUGUCAGACAGAGCGUUCCCUAACAACCCAGUGGAACUCAAGGCACUUUAUACACAGUACUUGCAGUUUAAAGAGAAUGAAAUCCCGCUGAAAGAAACCGAGAAGAGCAAAAUCAAGCAUCUUUACAAAAUGCUUGAGGUGUGGAUCGAGUUUGGUCGUAUCCAGCUUCCCCAGGGAUAUCACCCCAACGAUGUGGAGAAGGAAUGGGGCAAGCUGAUCGUGGCCAUGCUGGAGAGAGAGAAGAGCCUGAGGCCUGAGGUGGAUAGGCUUGAAAUGUUGCAGCAGAUUGCCAGCAGGGUCCAGCGGGACUGUGUCAAUGGAGAGGACAAACUAGAAUUAGCAAGAGCAGCUCUGCAGUCUGAUGCUAAGAGGCUAGAGUCUGGGGUCCAGUUCCAGAAUGAGGCAGAGACCGCUGGGCAUCUUCUGGAAUGUGAAAACCUGCUGAGACAGCAGGUGGUAGAUAUCCAGAUUCUACUGGAUGGGAAGUACUACUACUCCGAUCAGCUUGUUCAAAGGGUAUCCAAGCUCCGUGACGACCUGCUGGGCCUGAGGGCAGAGUGUUCCUCUGUGUACAGACAAGGACGCACCCUAACCCCCCAACAGACCACAAUGAUGAUCUCAGGCAUCACUCAGAGUCUCAACUCAGGCUUCUCCUCCUCCAACCUCAACUCCAGCCUCACCCCUGGAGGCCUGGGAACCCCUGGUUCCACCUUCACCUCCAUCCUUACCCCGGGCCUCACCCCUGCCCUGAGCCCCGCCAUGACCCCCGGCGGCAUGCAGCCCGGCUCGGUGCAGGCCUACAUGGGGGGCGGAGGAGUGGGUAUGGCCCCGGGAGACCUCCAGCACCUCAAACACAUGCAGAUCCGCAAGCCCCUGUGCAAGUCCUCGCUAGUGGACCCCAACAUGACCGAGGAUGAGGUCAACAUAAACUUUGUGCAGGACUUGAUCAACUGGGUGGAGGAGAUGCAGGUGCAAUUGGAUCGUGGAGAUUGGGGAUCUGAUUUGCCAAGUGUGGAAACACAUUUAGAGAACCACAAAGGGGUUCACAGAGCCAUCGAAGAAUUUCAAAUGAGCCUUAAAGAAGCCAAACUUAGUGAGACUCAGAUGACCCAAAAACGAAGUUAUUCUGAGAAACUGGGAAAAUUGGAAACCCAGUAUGGGAAGUUACUAAACUGUUCGCGGGAGCGUCAGAAGAACCUGGAGAGCCUCCAUGACUUUGUUUCGCGGGCCACCAUGGAACUCAUCUGGCUCAAUGAGAAAGAGGAGGAGGAGGUUGCUUUCGACUGGAGCGAUCUCAACGGCAACAUCUCUAAGAAGAGACAGUACCACUCUGAUCUGAUGAGAGAGUUGGAUGAAAAGGAGGAGGUGAUCAAGUCUGUACAGGACAGGGCAGAGAACCUUCUGCAGGAGAACCACCCUGCUAGGUUAACUCUUGAAGCAUACAAAGCAGCCAUGCAGACCCAGUGGAGUUGGAUCCUACAGCUCUGCUCUUGUGUGGAGCAGCACCUCAAAGACAACACAGUCUAUUUUGAGUUUUUCAAUAAUGCCAAAGAGUCCACGGAUUACCUGAAGAGCCUGCAAGGUGACAUCCAGAGAAAGUAUGGCUGUGAUCGGACAAGCAGUGUACACAAGCUGGAAGAUCACAUCCAGGAGUCCAUGGAUGAGAAGGAGCAGCUCCUCCAGUACCGCAGCACAGUGGCUGGGUUGGUGGGCAAGGCCAAGGCCAUCGUCCAGCUCAAGCCUAGGAACCCAGAUACCCCUGUCAGAUCCUCCAUACCCGUCAAAGCCAUCUGUGACUACCGACAAAUAGAGAUCACCAUCUAUAAGGAUGAUGAGUGUGUCCUGGCCAGUAACUCUCACCGGGCCAAGUGGAAGGUGAUCAGUCCGUCUGGGAACGAGGCUAUGGUUCCUUCUGUCUGCUUCACCGUGCCUCCACCCAACAAAGAGGCUGUGGACCAGGCCAGCAGAAUUGAACAGCUGUACCAGAAUGUCCUGGCUCUAUGGCACCACUCCCACAUAAAAAUGAAGAGCGUUGUCUCCUGGCACUACCUGAUGGCGGACGUCAGAGCCGUCCGCGACUGGAACGUGUCCUCAAUUAAGACCAUGUUGCCAGGCGAGCACCAGCAGGUCCUUAGCAACCUGCAAUCCCACUUUGAGGAUUUCCUGGAGGACAGCAAGGAGUCGGAGGUGUUCACUGUGGCAGACUGUUCCCAGCUAGAAAGGGAGGUCCUGGCCUGCAAGGACUACUACGAGGAGCUGCUCAAGUCUGCAGAGAGAGAGGAACACGAGGAGUCUGUGUACAACCUGUAUAUCUCUGAGGUGCGUAACUUCCGCAUGCGUCUGGAGGCUCAGGAGGAGCACCUGAUCCGACAGAUCCGCACCCCACUUGACAGAGACGACCUGGAGCAGAGUGUCCUGCGCAUCACAGAGCAAGAGAAGAAGAAGGCAGAGCUGGAUCAGCUGAAGGACGAUCUGGAGACCAUGAAGGAGAAGUGUGAGACGUUCUUCAGACAGGCCGGGGCCUCUCCCGCUGUCCCCACCCUCUCCUCUGACCUCAAUGUCCUCAUCCAGAGCAUGAGCCAAGUCUACUCCAUGUCCGCCAUCUACCUAGAGAAGCUGAAGACAGUGAGCAUGGUGGUGAGGCACAGCCAAAGUGCGGAGGCUCUAGUGAAGCUUUAUGAGGCCAAACUCUCUGAGGAAGACGCCGUGAACUCUGACCUGAAAUCCAUUGACACAGUCGUCAGCACACUCAAACAAUGGCGCUCAGAGAUCGACGAACAGAGGGAGAUCUUCCAUGACCUGGAGGAUGGGCUACAGAAGGCCCGUGGUAUCAGUGAACGCAUGUUCAAGGCUCACAACGAGCGGGACUUUGACCUGGACUGGCACAAGGAGAAGGCUGACCAGCUAGAAGAAAGGUGGAGCAACGUCCACUCCCAGAUUGAGAGCAGACUUCGGGACCUGGAGGGCAUCAGUAAAUCACUGAAGUACUACAAAGACUCCUACGGCAGUCUGGAUGAGUGGGUCAGAGAGAUGGAGGCGGCUCAGCUCAAGACCCAAGAGAAGCAGCCAGAGGACAGCAAAGCGCUCGCUGAGCUGGUAAACCAACAGAAGGUCCUCGUUGCAGAAAUGGAACAAAAGCAGAGCAGAAUUGAUGAAUGCCAAAAGUACUCAGAGCAGUACUCAUCUGGUGCUAAAGAUUAUGAGCUACAGCUGUUGACCUACAGAGCCAUGGUUGACUCCCAGCACAAGUCCCCGCUCAAGAGACGGAGGAUGCAGAACUCGGCUGAUGCAAUCAUUCAGGAGUUCAUGGACCUCCGAACUCGCUACACGGCCGUAGUCACCUCCAUGACGCAGUAUGUAAAGUUUGCCAGUGAGACAUUGAAGAGAGCAGAAGGCGAAGAGAGGUCUGUUGAUGAGGAGAAGAAAGAGCAUGGUGAUAAAGUAAGCAAGCUAUUGAAUUGGAUGUCCAGUGUGAAACCGGGCCAGAACAAAGAUGGUAAAGCCAGCACAGAGGCCUCUAGUAAGCCUCAGGUUUCAAUGGAAGAGAUGGUAACACAAAAAGAGAAAAUUGCAGAAGCACUGAGGACUACACAGCUUAUGCUAAGUAAACACAGUGAUAAGAUGACCGAGGAAGAGAAGCUGGAAGCAAAGGAGCAGCUGAAAUCCCUCCAUCAAGCCUACAGUGAUCUCACCCAGCAGUGUUCUGAUCAGACACCGUCUGCCGAGCAGGAGUUUCAGACCAUUGAAGGCGUUCUCGAAGUGGGAAGUAUAGAGGUCUACUCUGUGUUUAGCUCUGUCCAGAGCGGCAUGAUCGACCAUACCACUGGGCUCAGUCUCCUGGAGGCUCAGCUCAUCACCUCUGGCCUCGUUCUGCCUCAGUUCAGGAUGUGUCUGGAGCUGGACGAAGCUUUCCAUCAUAACCUCAUUGACGAGGCCACCUGGAAGCAGCUCAGAGAGCUCAACGAAGCCAAUCGGAGCAUCCUGAGCCCUCCGUUCUCUUCAGAACCUCUCCCUGUGAUGGCAGCUCUUAGAGAGGGGGCCGUCUCUGAGCGCCUCGCCAUGAAGGUUAUAGAGAUCCAGCUGGCUACAGGUGGGUUGAGGGUGUCCUACACAGGUGAUGUACUGACCCUGGAGAGGGCCUUUCAGUUUGGCCUGAUCCCUGCACCUCUGUAUGUCAAGCUCCUGGAGAGACAGAACACAUGGAAGGACCUGAUCAACCCCGGCACGGCAGAGAAGGUCUCGCUCACCCAGCUGGUGCAGAGGAGUGUGGUUGAUGAGGAGACUGGACUGCGACUGCUGCCGGUGAAGAAGAGCCACAAUGGGGGCAUAGAGUUGACAUCCGGAAGGGAGAUGAGUGUACUUAGGGCGGUUCAUGAGGGGUUGAUUGACAGAGAGAUCACGUUGAGGCUGCUGGGUGCUCAGCUGUUUGCAGGCGGUAUCGCCGACCCCAAAACAGGCCGUAAGCUCACCGUAGAGCAAGCCCUGUCAGAGGGCUUGAUCGAUCAAGACACUGCCAGUGGGAUACUGAGCCAGCAGGCCCAAAAUGGAGGCAUAGUGAACCCUCAGAAUGGCAAAAGGCUAACGGUGGAUGAGGCUGUUCAGUGUGAUUUGAUGAGCUUUAGCAGUGCACUCUUGGUGCUGGAGAAACAGAAGGGGCUCAUGGGACUUUUAUGGCCUCACUCUGGUGAAAUCUUGACAGUUUCCACCUCUCUGCAGCACGAAAUCAUCACCAGUCAGCUUGCAUUCAAACUGCUCAGCAAUAGACAGAAAAUAGCAUCCCUUUACAUACCAGAAUACUCAGAGGUAGUGGAUAUUAACUCUGCUACUCAAAAUGGUUUCAUUGAUGUACACACAGCAGAGGUAUUGAAAACCAUUGAAAUACCAGAUGUUUUUCCUGAUGUUGAUGACCUUAAUGACAGAUUUUCUAACUGGCUGAUGUUGAGAGAGCUUCAGAUUGGAGGAUCCCAUCGCAGUACAGAUGAUAAUGAGAUUGAUUAUGAGAACAUAAAUACCCCAUCUUCCAUCGAGGCAAAACAGUUAUUUAUCUCAUACCUCACAAUGAAUAGUUACAUGGAUCCAAAAUCAGGACAAAGGCUUUUAAUAUUCGAUGGACAGUUGACUAAAAUGGUACAACUUUUAGUUGACAUUUCAGUAGAGACAACUGAAAACCAGGUAUACAACACUGGACCUGGUAAUGCCACUUUUGAGGACAUUUCAUUGAAAGAAGACAUUUCUGAAGAUUCAGAGAUGUCCUUUGAUAGCAAUACUGAGGAUUUUGGAUAUUUGCACAUUAACGAGGAAACAGAUGGAACAGUGAAAGACCAUCAUGCUUCAAAUUUCUUCAAGGAGGAGGAGUCCGAUUAUAAGCAAUCUGACAAUCAAGCAUUUUCUAAUAAUGUGGUAAAGGUGGUAGCACAUGAUGGAACAGAGGAUUUUCCUUCAGCUAUUGACUGUGUAAACAAUACCACACUGCCUGAUUCUGACAUUAGCAUCUAUCAAAAGAACACAAGCAGUAUACCCAUUGGAAUUGAUGUAGAAUCCUCAGAUAAUCAAUCAAAAGAGACUUUCACUGGAAGUUCAGCCACACAAACUCCUUCCACAGACAUGAGCUUGUCCUCAGGUGCACUGGAUUGCAAAAUGAUGAUAGCACACGAUUUCACAGAGAAGUUUCAUAGUUCUGUUAAGAAUACCAGACAGCAUGAUUCUGUUUUGUCUGAUGGCCCAUCACCCUUUGAAAUUGGUUUAGAAACCUCAGAUAAAGCUUUAUAUAAUCAAUCAAUAGGAGAAUCAGCCACACAAGCCAUGUCGGAAAGCUCAACCCGUACUAAAUCAUGCUCAGUGAGUGGCAAAGACAUUAGCUUGCUAGCACAAUGCGUCACAGACGAAGCAUCUGUAGCUGUUCAUUCUGAAAAGAAUGCCAGACAACCUGAUUCUAAAGACAACGUUUUGUCUAAUAGCACCUAUCAAAAGACCAGACACAGUACAAACCCAUCAUCAUUUGAAAUUGGUGUAGAAACUUCAGAAAUACCUUCAGAUUAUCAACCGCAAGAGACUGUCAAUGGAGUUUCAGUUUUGGAAAGCUCAGCUCCUCCUAGAUUGUGCUUCGUGAAUGACACAGACAUGCGCCUGACAUCAGAAGCAUCUGUAGAGGUUAGCUCUUGUAAAAAUACCCGUACGAGCCCAGCGCUAACUGAAAUUGAUUUAGUCACCUCGGAAACUUAUUCAGAUAAUCAACCAAAAGAUACAGCCAAUGGAGUUUCAGCCACACAAACCAUUUUGGAAAGCUCAACUCCUAGAUUCUGCACAGUUGAUUCUAAAAAGACUAUCCAGCAGUCUGAUUCUGAAGCAAUUGUUUCGAAGAAGAAGAAGAUAAACAACACAAGUAUAGUACCCUUUGAAAUUGAUGUAGAAACCUCACAUAUAACUUCAGAUAAUCAACCACAAGAGGCUUUCACUUUCAAUGAAGGGUCAGCCACACAAAUCAUUUUGGAAAGGUCAACCCACCCACUAUUGUGCUCAGUGAAUGACGAUGCACAACAUUCCAAAAUGGAGGUAGCACACAGUUUCAGAGACGAAUCACCCAUAUCUAUUGACUCUGAACAAAAUACCAGACAGCCUUCCUUUGAAAUGGGGGUUGUGUCUGACAGAAUCUAUCAAACCAACACAAUGAGCACAAGCCCAACACCAUUUAAAAUGGAUUCAGAAACAGAUAUUGCUUCAGAUAAUCAACCUAAAGGGACUUUCAAUGGAAGUUCAGCCACACAAACAGUUCUGAAAAGCUCUACUUUGUGCUCAAGGAAAGACACAGGCCUGCCCUUGGCCUCAGUUGCACAAGGUUCCCCACAACGUCCCACAUAUCCAGUGACACCUGGCUGUGAGACAGACAAGGACACCAACUUUGAGUCAUCGCUAUUGGCCACUGUAUUGACAGACACACUUGACACGACCACAGCGUUUCCAUGCACUGAAGAAGUAGUGUGGGACAAUACAGAUGAGAGAGGACUUGCGACCCACCUUCUCAGACCCCAAGUUGAAGAGGGUGGCAUUUUGUAUAUCAUUUCUGAGAAACGCUGUGAUCUUGACUCACCUUUUGAUAAGGGCCAUGUGGAUGAGGAGACGGUGUUAGAGGUGUCGGCAUUGCAGCUCCACAAGGGAGAUGUGUUAGAGGAAGAGAGAAGCACAGUGGCAACCCUGAAAGAAGUUGUGUCUGAAAGCUCCAUAUCCUCCCAGAUAGCCCUGCAGAUCAUGGAACAGCACAGCAUCUUGGGGGGUGUACAUGACCCCAAGUCUGGAUGUACUGUUAGUGUGAGUGCAGCACUAGAUUCAGCGAUGAUUGAUGAUGAUUUGGCUGAAAAGAUCCUUCACUCAGACCCAGUACACAAAGCAAUCAUCCACCCUGAUAGACACUGUACUCACAGCAUGUCAUAUUCCCAGAGUCUGGGCCUCAUAGACAACGAUGAGGCUGAGAAUUUACGGCAGCAUCAAACAGACAAAAAGCUGUCGGUUUUGGUUCUUGAUGACUCUGAUGAUGAAGAAUGGAUAGAGAAUAGGGAUGGACAUGCACGGGAAGAUUUGUACGCAGAAGGAAGCAAAGAACAGAACUGUGAUUCACAGAAGGCCUUACUACCUUCAUUCACCAUUAGUCAUGGGCCUGUAUGUAGACAGAUCAUAUCACCUAUCCUGUCAGAUCAGGUAACAGAGGGACGUGUCAUCCAUGAACUUGAAACAACAUCUUCAUUUAGGGAAGAUAGUGCCUCACAUUCCCCCACUAGUCCACUGUCAGACAUUGUCCCCGGGUCUAGAAAUUCCAUCCAAAAUGACAUUUUGCCAAACAGAUCAAACUCUCUCAGUUUGAGCGAUAGUGGAGAUAGUGGAGCACCUCAGCGCCAGGCUGAGGAAUUGAGACAGACAGAGGAAGACGGUAGCAGUUCUCUGAGGAGAGACACUGAUAUGUCCUGCGAGGCGGUGGGCUUCACUCCUGGUGAUGGGCAGCUGGGAGCAGGAUACCGUGAGAUAGUGGGGGACCAGACUGUUAGUCCUGUUCAGAGUGACUCAGGCGUGUCCUGCUCAUCACAUAGUGAUCUGUUGUCUGAUGAAAGGAAAAUGGAGAACACUGUUCAGGCGCCAGCCAGCCAGCUAGUGAAGGAGUCAGACCGGAGAAUAGAUAGCUCAUCACCAAGAGAUUUGUCUGGCGGUGUAACAAGCACAGUGUCCGGAGAUGUGGGUGUCAGUGGGGAUAAAAGCGUAAUAAAUGGUGAUGGAGUUUCAUCGUUUAACACUGUGCGACCUCUAGUGAAGUCAGAGAGGGAUGUUGGUGGUGAAAUCGAGCCCACAUCCUCUCAAAACGGGCAUAGUGACCAUAGUAACCCCACCGUUCAGAAAAAGACUCCAGUGCAGUUGACAAACUUAUCUGAUUUAGCUAUUGUAUCCAGUGUACAUAGCAUAAAAUCAGGCAAUGACAAUAAAGACAGCUACGAUAUAGGUGAUCAAGAGCAGUUAGAAACUGCUCCCAUUAAAGAGAUAUCUAGCACAAUCACCCCUGAUUCGACACUGACUGAUAAACGCCUGCCAAAUUCAAACGCUAAUGUUGAAGCUAAAGCUAAUGACAGGGUUGAAUCAAGCAGGAGUGGUGACAGCAAACCAGGGAGACAAGAAGGCUCAUCUGAUGAUGGUCUCUCACAGAUUACUGAUCAAGCGACAUCACAGACAGGACAGACAAGUAGCAACGAUACAAGUUUGUUGUCAGCAUCAACAAUGACCCCAGGGAAUCCAUCAAAGGCAAAAGAGCCAGGUAUGAGAUCAGAUGUUAAACAAGAUGAAUGUGGUUCUGUUGAUAAUCAUCCCCAGCCGAUGGCCACUAAUGCUCAACCAGACUCUCACUCCAAUACACCCUCAACGUCAGAAAUGACCUCAGGGCAUCCGGUAAAGCCUGGCCUCGGAUCAGAACUUACAUGUAGGCAGAAUCAAUGUGGUGCUGAUGGGAAUCAUCCCCAUCUGAUGACUGUUGAUGUUCCACCAGACUCCAUGACACAUGAUAGUGUCCCACCACCUGUGUUGGCGAUCUAUACUGCUCUAAGGACUGGUUUAGAUGAGCUGGUGAGAAUGAGAGUGGAGGGGGCAGAUGUCGAUGACUUGCAAAAGGCUGAGACCCAAGCAGUGGAGGACAUCAUCAACCUGAUACAGGACAUUCCACAGUCCCAUGGAAGCCGUUUUGGUGAGGAGACAGAUGCAGCGCCUGGGGUUAUGAUAAGUAGUAGCCCAGAUCUCCUCAGGGAUCUGUUGAAGCAGGAGCCUCUCCGUUCAGGUAAAACUAGUCCGGCGGAAGAGGAAGGGGAACCUCUCCAUGAAGAAACCCCUACAUCUGAUGUGACCCAGAUUCAGUCUCGGCUUCUGCAGGUUCUUCAAAGUGUAUCCUCAAGCCAAGACCCUGCCAUGCUCAGAGAUGUGAUAGGAACCUUGAGCAGUAUUCUGGGCGGUGCUCCUCACGAGGACAGGCCACACAACCUGGAGAUCCUCCAGGAGGAGAGCUCAUCAGAUGAGGCUGAAGGUGCCGUGGCAGAUCCCAUGGAAGCUCCUGACCUAUGUCAAUCUACAGAGGUUGAAACCAUUUCAGACACAGGCAAUGCUGAAGCAGUUCAAUCUAAAGUCAGGCAACAGUACUCCACCCAGGAUUAUCUGGAGUGUGUUGGCAGACUUCAGGAUCAUGCAGAUGUUCUAGAAGAGAUCAUGAAUGUCCUGUCAUCCCAGCAGGGCUCUCUGAGUAACAAUAUGGAGGAGCUGCACAGUCAUCUGGAUGAAUCUCAGUCGUUGGAAGCACAUCUCUCUACACUGGCUGGCUUUCUGACCAGAGAUCUGGACAUAACCAAGCAGCUGUUAAAGUCUGCCAGUGAGCUUGUUCCCACGCAUAUCCACCAAGAUCUGGCUUCAGCCUUUCGAGAGUUGCAGCCAGUUUUUGCAGACGUUUGCCAGAUGUCUGCAGAAAAUAAUUAUGUUCUAAGGCAGGCUAUUGAUACAGGAAAGGCCCAGUUGAAGUCAACAUACCAGGAUCUCCUCAGUACCCUUGAUAGACUAUCAGGCUGUAUUCAUGACAACUCUGAGAUGGCCUGCAACCUCGACAUCCUGAACACAUCUGACGUGGACACAGUGAAAGACAUGAUCCAAAAGAAUAAGGGCAUGGAGACUAAGCUGUCAGGGACCCACAGACAUCUGGAGGACACUGCGUUUGACAUCCAGUACUUUAUCUCAGAGCAUGCUCAGUUCCUGAGUCCAACCCAGAGCAGGCACCUCCUCAAAUCUCUCAGCGCCACCCAGAGGGCGUUUAAGGAACAGAUGGAGAGGGUGGCCAAACAGAGACGCAUCCUGGAACGUCAUCUGGAGAUCAGAGAGGACGAGAGUCAGCAGAAGUACAUGGAGGAGAAACAGAAGGUGUUCUCAGACAAGCUGCAGGAGCUGUGUGACAACCUGACCAAUACAGAGAACCGUCUGAUAGGCCAUCAGCAGCAGACCAAGGGGGCAGCGAGUGUGGAAGACCUGCAGCAUGUGCAGCAAGAGCAUCAGGCCUUGCAGAAAGACAUCUUGACCAAUGGCAGUGCCUUGAAUGAGGUCAUCAGUAGCUCCAAGAAGUUCCUGGAUGAGAAUCGGUCUAAGCUGACCCCAGAUCAGAUCAUUGCCAUCGAGAGCAAGCUGGAAGACGCCAAGAGCAAGGUCAAACUUAUCAACCAACGGGCCGAGGAGUCAAGGAAAGACCUGGAGAAGUCUGUGACCACUGCUAUCAAACAGGAGACUGAGAAGGAGGCUGCGGUUGAGCAGCUUGAGGAGAGCAAGAACAAGAUUGAGGGUCUGCUGGACUGGAUCAACAACAUGGGGAAUGAGAAAGUGAUGGGGGGCGAACAGACAGACCAUAUGGGCAUACAGAACGGGAACAUGCCGUUGCAGUCUGAGACCUCGGCCAAGAACAUUCUGGGUGAGGAUGAUGACCCCAAUGGAAACAAUGGAAACGCUUUCCAGACUACAGACAACGACACUGAGGGACAGGCCACAGGGAAGACCCCAGAAUUGGACCUGGAAAAGCAGUAUGACAGAGUCAAGGCUCGUCACCAGGAGAUCUUAUCCCAGCAACAGGAGCUGAUCAUGGCCACCCAGUCAGCCCAGGCUCUGCUGGACCACCAGGCCCAUGCCUUGUCGCCCACGGAUAAGGACAAGCUCCAGAGGGACAUCCAGGAGCUGAAAGGACGGUACGACUCUUCCCUUACCCAGGCAGAACAGCAGAUGAAGCAGAUGGUCCAGGUUCAGGAGGAGCUGAAGAAGUUCCAGGGAGACUGUGAGGAGUUUGAGGGCUGGCUGCAGCAGGCCGAGGGGGAGGUGGAGGAGCUGGGAGCCCCUACUGGAGCUCUCAACGACCUCACAGAGAAGCUCCGGAGACAGAAGAGCUUCUCUGAUGAUGUCAUCUCCCACAAGGGAGACCUGCGGUUCAUCACCAUCUCAGGACAGAAGGUGUUGGACGUGGCGAAGGCCUGCGGACGCAUGGACCCUGGUGGGAAAGAUGCCCAGCUGGAGGUGGAUACCACUGCAACUUGUGCUGCUGUGAAGGAGAAGCUGGACUCAGCUGCUGGUCGCUUCAAAGCCCUACACUCUCAGUGCAAUGAUCUUGGCAACAAUCUCAGAGACGUGGUGGACAAGUACAAGAAGUAUGAGGACUCGGCUGCUGGUCUCCUGAAGUGGCUCAACAACUCAGAGGAGGACGCCAGAAGGCAGCAGUCUGAGGCCAUCGCUGCCGACCCUCAAACCCUACAGAAACAGCUGGAGGACACCAAGGGUCUGCAGGGUCAGACUACUGGUCGUCAGACUGCUGUGGAGACACUCCGCAAAACAGCUGACUCUCUGGUCACCGCCCAGGGGGACUUGUUGACCAAUCAGGACCAUAUCCAUGAAACAGUAGAUGAUAUUGUGGAGAGGUAUGACAACCUGUCUAAGUCAGUGAGUGAUCGUAAUGAGAAGCUUCAGAUCACCCUGACCCGCUCCCUGAGUGUCCAGGAUGGCCUGGAUGAGAUGAUGAGCUGGAUGGAGGGAGUAGAGGAGAGUGUGAAGGAGAAAGGACAAGUCCCUCUGGACUCAGCAGUCAUUGGAGAUGUGCUCAGCAAAGAGGCAGCUCUGGAACAGGAUAUUUCCAGUCGCCAGAGCAGCAUCUCUGCCAUGAAGGCCAAGGUUAAGAAGUUUGUGGAGACAGCUGACCCCGCUGCAGCGGCUCUGCUGCAGUCCAAAAUGGACGCCCUGUCUCAGCGCUUCUCUGACGCCUGUGACAAGCACAAACACAAGCAGGGCCAGCUGGAGCAGCUGAAGGAUAAGGUGGAGGAGUUUGAGAAGACAACGGAGAAGGUGCAGCAGUUUGUGCUCAAGCGCUCUCAGGCCCUCUCUGAAACAGACGGACCAGGGAAAAACGUCAACGAGCUCUCGCAGCUCAUGCAGGAUACUAACACUGAGUUGGCCGAACAUGCCAAGGAUGUGGAAAUGCUGCAGAUGCUGUCAAAGGAACUGGCCAAUAUGGGUCCAGAGGGAAGCAAGGCCCAGAUUCAGAGCAAGAUGGACAAACUCUCCGACACCUUCAAUGCCUUCAAAAACACUGUGAAAGAGAAAGAGGAGGAGGUGUCUUCCUGCCAGGACCAGCUGGGAGACUUCAGGGCUGCAGCCGGAGCUCUCAGGACGUGGCUGGAGGAGACGACAGAGAAAGUCCCUGUGGUUCAGCCAACCAGCAGUGAGCAGAGUCUAGGAAAGGACCUGCAGAGAGUCAAUGCUCUAAUGGAGGAAUGGACAACCAAAGGCUCUGCUGUUGAAGAUAUAAAUAGCAAAGGAUCUGCACUAUGUUGCCUCAUCAGUGUUCUCACAUCUCCAGCCAAGACCAAGAUGUCGCAUAAGUCAGCUGUUACUAACAGUGAUGGCCCCGGAAACCAUGCCUACCUAACUAAUAAAGAGCUGAUGGUGGUACAGCAAAACAUGUCGUAUAUCAACGAGGGCCACAAGAGUCUGGGAGAAGUGCUGAAGGGCCGGGCUACAGAGCUGUCUGUCCUGGUGCAGGAGGUGACAGAGGCCCAGAAGGAGACAGACACCAUGAUAACAUGGCUGCAGGAUAUGAAGAAGACAGCAGCAUCCUGGAACUCUGCGUCCACAGAGAAAGACACCAUGAAAACACAACUGGAGCAACAGAAGGCCUUUGAGGAAGACAUGAAACAAAAGCACGAGCAGCUCCAGAAGCUGAGAGAGAAGCUUCUCCAUCUGAUUGAGAAACACCCAGACUCUCCUGAAGCAGCAAAAUGGAAGCAGAUGCUGUCACAGAUAGAUACUGCCUGGGCGGAUGUGAGCGGGUCGGUGGAGGACAGGAAGCAGCGUCUGGAGGAGUCCAACAGGAACCUGGACGUGUUCCAGACCACUGAGCCGCAGCUCCGCCAGUGGCUCUCAGAGAAGGAUAUGAUGCUCAGUGUCCUGGGGCCCCUCUCCAUGGACCCCAACAUGCUCAACACACAGAAGCAGCAAGUCCAGAUCCUUCUGAACGAGUUUGACAGCCGUAAGCCACAGUUUGACCAGCUUCACGAGGCUGCUGCUGCUAUCCUGAGCACAUCAGGCAAGCAGGACCCCCCCUCUGGUGGGAAGGUGGUGAAGGAUCAACUGGCCGCUGUCACCCAGAAAUGGCAGGGCCUGACUGGGCAGCUGGGCCAGAGAGCCGGCCUCAUCGACCAGGCCGUGGGGAAGUCAAUCCAGUUCCAGGAUCUGCUGAUGAGCCUGAGCCAGAGCGCCGCCUCACUGGAGACCCGGCUCAACAGCCAGCAGGCCCUUAGCAGUCAGCCUGACGUGGUGAAGAAGCAGCUGGAGGAGGCUAACACCAUCUCUGGCCAGCUGAGGGAGGAGAGGAAGAGGCUAAAAGAGGCUGAGACCCUCUGCUCUGAGCUUUCUGCCCUGGUCACGGAGGACUACCUGAAAGCAGGCCUAGACAGGCAGCUGGAGGGGGUCAACAAGCCUUUCAAACAGUUGGAGGACAAAGCAGGGAAGCGGAUCCAGCAACUGAACUCCGCAUUCGCAAGCUCCCAGCAGUUCCACCAGGCCUCCAAAGACUUCCAGGGGUGGAUGAACGGGAAGCUCCAGGAGCAGUCUAAACCCCAGGCCAUCUCGGCCCAGGUGGAGACCCUUCGGCAGAGCCUGAAAGAACAGAGUGCCCUGCAGAAGGCCCUCAGUGAACACGAGGAACCAUACAGCACCAUUGUCAGGGAGGGAGAAACCCUCCUCCAAAACACUGACGGGGCAGAGAAGGUGGCGAUGCAGGGCCAGCUGGCUACACUGCGCUCCAACUGGGACGAUGUGAAGAAGAGCUCGGCAGAGCGCCAGGAUAAGCUCCAGGGGGCGCUGCAGAGGGCCCAGAAGUAUCACGAGCACGCUGAGAAGCUCCAGUCCUGGGUCCAGGAGUGUGAAGUCAGGGAGGGCAGCGUCAGGCUCAGCGUGGACCCAGCGGAGGUGGAGAGCUCCAUCUCCCAGCUGAAGGCCAUCCAGAAGGAUGUGGACAAACACAGAGGCCUGGUGGAGCAGCUGAACACUGCAGCUGACAGCCUCCUGGAGGUAGCCAACGCAGACACGGAGGCCGUCAGGGAGGAGAAGGCGGCCAUCGGGCAGAGCGUGGACCGGGUCACGGAUGGGGUCCAGAACAAGAGAGAGUCUCUGGAGAAGAUCUCACAGAGGCUGAAAGAGUUCAACGACACCCACAAUGAGGCCAAGGGCCAGCUGGCAGGGGCUAAGAAGCAGCUAGAUGCCCACACAUCACUGGGGGUCCAGGCCUACAGCAACAAGAACCUGACCAACAUGAAGGCCCAGCAGAAGAGCCUGGAUGGAGUCAACACCCAGGUUGAGCACCUGAAGAGCCUUGCCCAGGGCCUGGUGGCUGAUGUCCCCGAGGCAGACGGGGUGACCGACCUCCUACUGCAGGCCGACAGCCUGGAGAAAGAGCAUGGCUCCCUCAGCAAGGAUGUAGGGGAGACCUGCUCCACCUUGGAGGGCAAGCUGCAGGGCAUCGGGCAGUUCCAGACCAACAUCCGCGAGAUGUUCACCCGCUUCGCAGACCUAGACGAUGAGCUUGACAGCAUGGCUUCUGUGGGCCGUGACCUGAUCACCCUUAAGGAGCAGCAGGACGGUAUCAAGGGCUUUGUGGAGAAACUGCAGGGGCUAAUGGCCGACACGGCUCGGGGAGGGGACAGCUGUAAGAAGAUGCUGGAGACUGAGGCCUCCCCAGACCUGCUGGGGCUGAAGAGAGACCUGGAUGGUCUGAGUAAACAGUGUGGCAAGCUGAUGGACAGAGCUAAAGGGAGAGGGGAAGAGGUGGGGAGCACACUCACCCGUCUGGAUGAGCUUUACUCCAAGCUACAGCAGUUCACCAACAAACUGGGCGGGGCUGAGGUCAAGGAGGAAGGUCAAGGGUCAGUUGGCAUGGAAACUGAUGUCAUCAACCAACAGCUGGAAGCUUUCAAGGUAUUCCAGAAAGAGGUUGAUCCACUGCAGAGCCAGUUGCAAGACAUUAACUGGCUGGGCCAAGGCUUGAUUCAGAACGCUGACAAAGGCACCAGCACCAAGGGCCUUGAACAUGACCUGGAGGAUGUCAACACACGAUGGAACACUCUCAACAAAAAGAUUGCUGAGCGGUCAGUGCAGCUGCACGAGGCCCUGUUGCAUUGUGGGAGAUUCCAGGAUGCCCUGGAGUCCCUACUCAGCUGGCUGACGGACACAGAGGACCUGGUGUCCAAUCAGAAACCUCCGUCUGCUGAGUUCAAAGUUGUCAAGGCACAGAUCCAGGAGCAGAUACUCCUCCAGAGGCUGCUGGAUGACCGCAGACCCACGGUGGAGCUGAUUAAGAAGGAGGGAGGGAAGGUUGCGGAGCUGGGAGCAGAGUCCGUGGACAAGGAGAAGGUGGGGAAGGAGAUUGAGUGCCUGGGGCAGAGGUGGGACGCUCUGCUGAAGAAGGCUGAGAACAGGCACAAACAGCUGAAGAGCAUUCUGGUUGUGGCUCAGCAGUUCCAUGAGACACUGGAGCCGCUGUCUGAGUGGCUCUCUGCCACAGAGAAACACUUGGCCAAAGCUGAACCUAUUGGCACACAGACCUCCAAGCUGGAAGAGCAGAUCUCCCAGCACAAGGUAUUAGAGGAGGAGAUAACGGGUCACUGUAAAGACCUGGUUCAGGCCGUCAACCUGGGUCAGAUGCUGAAGCUAGUCAGCUCAGUGGACGAUAAGGAGCUGGUGCAGUCUAAGCUGGACUCCAGCCAGGCUAGUUAUGUAGAGCUGCAGGAGCGUUGUAGGAGGAAGGGAGAGAUGCUGCAGCAGGCUCUGGCCAACGCCCAGCUCUUUGGAGAAGACGAGGUGGCCCUCAUGAACUGGCUCAACGAAGUACACACUAGGCUGAGCGAAGUGUCCGUCAAAGACUACAAGACGGACGUGCUGGAAAAGCAGUGUGCAGAACAGCUGGCCCUACAUGAAGACAUUGAAUUGAGGAAGCAGAAUGUUGAUCAAGCCAUUUCUAAUGGAUUGGAACUGCUGAAACAAACAACAGGUGAUGAGGUGGUUGUCAUCCAAGGCAAGUUGGACGGGAUAAAGACGAGAUACGCUGAGAUCAACUCCAUGAGUGGUAACGUGUCUGAGACCCUGAACCAGGCCCUGACCCUGGCCUCCAAGCUCCAGCACACACACGAAGACCUCAGCUCCUGGCUGGAGAAUGUCGAGGCUGAGCUCACCGCCUUCGCUGCUCAGGCGCCUGUAGGAGAACAGCUCGUUCAGGCACAAGACAGGCAGAAGGCAUUGCUGCAAGAGGCCAGGGAUCACAAGCCCCAGGUGGACAAACUCAACGAGGUGAGCAGCUCUCUGCUGGAGCUGGUCCCUUGGAGGGCUCGGGAGGGCCUGGACAAGAUAGUGACAGAGGACAACGAUCGCUACAAGGCCACCAGCGACACCAUCGCACAUCACGCGGAGCAGAUAGACGCCGCUAUACUGAAAUCACAGCAGUUUGAACAAGCAGCUGACACUGAGCUAGCCUGGCUUACUGAAGCAGAGAGGAAGAUGUUGUCAUUGGGGGAGAUCAGGCUGGAACAGGACCAGACCACUGUCCAGCUCCAGUCCCAGAAGGGCUUCUCUAUGGACAUCAUGAGACACAAGGAUGCCGUGGAUGGAAUUGUGAAAACAGGCGAGGCCAUCAUGAACAGCAAGGACGAGGAGGAAAAGCAAGCCUUGAAGGCCAAGAUCCAGGCCCUCCUGGAGAAGUAUGUUGUUGUUAGUCAGCUGAACUCGGAGCGCUGCCUGCAGCUGGAGCGAGCCCAGUCUCUGGCUAGCCAGUUCUGGGAGACUUACGAGGAGCUGUGGCCCUGGCUCCAGGAGACCCGCACCAGUUUCAGCCAGCUCCCAUUGGCGUCCAUCGAGUACGAAGCUCUCCGACAGCAGCAGGAGGAGCUCAGGCAAAUGCGAGAGCUGAUUGCUGAGCACAAGCCCUACAUCGACAAGAUGAACAAGACAGGUCCCCAGCUACUGGAGCUGAGUCCUGUGGCGGGGGUCGCUAUCAGGGAGAAGUACACAGCCACAGAUCUGCUGUAUGCCCAGCUCAAGGCUGACGUCAAACAGAGGGCCUUCACUCUGGAUGAGGCCAUCUCCAAAUCCACACAGUUCCAUGACAAGAUCGAGCCCAUGCUAGAGUCCCUGGAACGGAUCGCUGAGCGCCUGCGUCAGCCUCCCUCCAUUUCUGUGGAGGUGGAGAAGAUCAGGGAGCAGAUCACAGAGAACAAGGUUGUGUCUGCGGACCUGGAGAAACUGCAGCCGUCCUACGACACGCUCAAGCAGCGCGGCGAAGAGAUGAUUGCUCGCUCAGCGGGAGCUGACAAGGACAUAUCUGCUAAAGCUGUGCAAGACAAGCUGGAUCGGAUGGUGUUCACCUGGAAUGAGAUCCAUGCCCUGAUGGAGGAGAGGGAGGCCAAGCUGCUGGAUGUCAUGGACCUGGCAGACAAGUUCUGGUGUGACCACUGUGCCCUCAUCGUUACCAUCAAGGACACCCAGGACCUGCUGAGGGAGCUGGAGGAGCCUGGAGUCGACCCUUCUGUGGUGAAACAGCAGCAGGAGUAUCUGGAGAGCUUCAAGGAGGAGAUUGACGGCCUACAGGAGGAGCUUGAUGUGGUGCGGAACCUGGGGGCGGAGCUUAUGGCUGCUUGUGGUGAACCAGAUAAGCCAGUCACAAAGAAGAGUAUUGAUGAGGUGAACUUGGCGUGGGAGACUCUGAACAAGGCAUGGAAGGAGAGAGUGGACACACUGGAUGAGGCCAUGCAAGCUGCUGUACAGUUCCAGGAUGGCCUGCAGGGUAUGUUUGACUGGGUGGACAUUGUGGAGCACAAACUGGGUUCUAUGUCACCUGUGGGCACAGACCUGGACACUGUCAAGCAACAGAUAGAAGAACUCAAGGAGUUCAAAGGUGAGGCGUAUCAGCUGCAGAUGGAGAUGGAGCGACUGAACCACCAGGCGGGCCUGCUGCUGAAGAAGGUGACGGAGGAGUACGACCGUUGUGCCAUCCAGGAGCCCAUGACUGAGCUCAAAAUGCUCUGGGACAACCUGGAUGAAAAGAUCAUCAACAGACAGCACAAACUGGAAGGAGCUCUAUUGGCUCUGGGGCAGUUCCAGCAUGCGCUGGACGAGCUUCUGGCCUGGAUGAGCAACACUGAAGAGCUGCUCAACGAACAGAGGAAGGCUGUAGGAGACCCCAAGGCCAUUGAGAUCAAGCUCGCCAAGCACCACGUCCUCCAGAAUGAUGUAUUGGCCCAUAAGACGACGGUGGAGGCGGUCAACAAGGCCGGUACUGACCUGGUGGAGUCCACCUCUGGGGAGGAAGCCGCCGGCCUGCAGAACAAACUGGAGAACCUCACCCAGCGCUGGAAGAACAUCCUGGAGAAGACAGAGCAGAGGAGGCAGCAACUGGACAGUGCUCUGCUUCAGGCCCAAGGUUUCCAUGGCGAGAUGGAAGACAUGCAGCAGUGGCUGAAAGACACGGAGCGUCAGCUGUUAGCAUCAAAGGCUGUGGGAGGCUUACCAGACACGGCCCGCGAGCAGCUUAAUGCCCAUCUGGAGUUAUGUUCCACAAUGGAGGCCAAGGAGGAGCUGUACCAGCAGCUGAUGAACAAAGGUCAGCAGCUGCUCACCAUGACCCCCUCCGGCCAGGACAGCAACACAGAGCAGGACCUCCGUAACCUACAGGACAAGUGGGAGUCUGUGCAGGCCAAGGUGGCUGAGAGAAAGGUGAAACUGGAAGAGGCUUUGGCUCUGGCCACAGAGUUCCAUAACUCUCUGCAGGACUUCAUCAGCUGGUUGACCCAAGCUGAACAGACUCUCACUAUGUCCUCUCCCGCCUCCGUCAUCCUGGAAACCAUCCUGUUUCAGAUAGAUGAGCACAAGGUGUUUGUGACAGAGGUCAACUCCCACAGGCAGCAGAUCAUUGAGCUGGAUAAGACAGGGACACACCUGAAGUACUUCAGCCAGAAGCAGGACGUGGUGCUGAUCAAGAACCUGCUGAUAAGUGUACAGGGCCGCUGGGAGAAGGUGGUGCAGAGGUCUGUGGAGAGGGGCCGUCUGCUGGACGACACCAGGAAGAGGGCCAAACAGUUCCACGAAACCUGGAACAAGCUGACAGAAUGGUUGGAUGAUUCGGAGAAGGCUUUGGACUCUGAGCUGGAAAUCGCCAACGAUCCUGACAAGAUCAAGACGCAGCUGGCCCAGCACAAGGAGUUCCAGAAGGUGCUGGGGAGCAAGCACUCAGUGUAUGACACCACCAGUCGUACCGGACGUGCCCUGAAGGAUAAGACGUCACUGCAGGACGACAACCAGAAGCUGGACGACAUGCUGAGUGAACUGAGGGACAAGUGGGACACUGUCUGUGGCAAGUCAGUCGAGAGGCAGAACAAACUGGAAGAGGCGUUGCUGUUCUCUGGUCAGUUUACUGAUGCCCUGCAGGCUCUGAUUGACUGGCUGUACAGAGUGGAGCCUCAGCUGGCAGAGGACCAGCCAGUACAUGGAGAUAUAGACCUUGUGCUCAAUCUCAUCGACAGUCACAAGGUGUUCCAGAAGGAGUUGGGUAAGCGGACGGGGAGUGUUGCGGCCCUGAAGCGUUCGGCUAAGGACCUGAUUGAGAGCAGCCAUGAAGACUCCUCCUGGGUCAAAGCUCAGAUGCAGGAGCUGAGCGCUCGCUGGGAGACAGUUUGCGCUCGCUCAGUAUCUAAACAGACCCGGCUGGAACAGGCACUGAGUCAGGCUGAGGAGUUCCACUCUACAGUCCAUAUGCUGCUGGAGUGGCUGGCCGAGGCCGAGCAGAGCCUGCGUUUCCAUGGCACCCUGCCCGACGACGAGGAGGCCCUAGGGGCUCUUAUCGAGCAGCACAAGGAGUUCAUGAAGAAGCAGGAGGAGAAGAGAGUGGGCCUGAACAAAGCCACCAGUAUGGGGGAGGCUAUCUUGACCAUCUGCCACCCAGACUCUAUCACCACCAUCAAACACUGGAACACCAUAAUUAAAGCCCGGUUCGAGGAGGUCCAGGCGUGGGCGCGACAGCACCAGCAGCGCCUGGCCAUGGCCCUCGGUGAUCUGCUGGCCACGAAGGAGCUGCUGGAGGGUCUUUUGGGCUGGCUGCAGUGGGCUGAGACCACACUCAAUGACAAGGACAAGGAGGUCAUCCCUCAAGAGAUAGACGAGGUCAAAUCCCUCAUCGCUGAACACCAGACAUUCAUGGAGGAAAUGACCCGGAAGCAACCAGAUGUUGACAAGGUCACGAAGACACACAAGAGAAAGGCUGUGGUCGGGAGCGAGCCUGCCAGCCAGUCCCAUAUCCCUGUCCUGGAGAAAGGAAGAGGUGGAAGAAAGCGUUCUCCCACACAAGCCAUGUACCCAUCUUCACAGCCUCCCAUAGAGACCAAGAACCCCAGGGUCAACCUAUUGGUCAGCAAGUGGCAGCAGGUGUGGCUACUGGCCCUGGACAGGAGGAGGAAACUCAAUGAUGCCAUGGACAGACUUGAGGAGCUGAAGGAAUUUGCCAACUUCGACUUUGAUGUGUGGCGAAAGCGCUACAUGCGAUGGAUGAACCAUAAGAAGUCGCGUGUCAUGGACUUCUUCAGACGCAUUGACAAGGACCAGGAUGGAAAGGUCACCAGACAGGAAUUCAUAGAAGGCAUCCUCUCCUCCAAAUUCCCCACCAGUCGGCUGGAGAUGAGUGCGGUGGCAGACAUAUUUGACCGGGAUGGUGACGGCUAUAUUGACUACUAUGAGUUUGUGGCUGCCCUUCACCCCAACAAAGAGGCAUACAAACCCCUCACAGAUGCAGACAAAAUUGAAGAUGAGGUUACACGCCAAGUGGCAAAAUGCAAGUGUCCUAAACGAUUCCAAGUUGAGCAAAUUGGUGCCAACAAAUACAGGUUCUACCUUGGAAAUCAGUUUGGUCUGGUUCACUGCUUACAUGACGAUGAGAUUAUAACAAGCAGGGACAGUCCAAAUCUAACCCCCCACCUACACGUUGCGGUUUUGGAAAGCUGUAUUCUGUUCGGAGACUCCCAGCAGCUGCGUCUGGUACGGAUCCUACGGAGUACUGUGAUGGUGCGUGUGGGUGGAGGCUGGAUGGCUCUGGAUGAGUUCCUGGUAAAGAACGAUCCGUGUCGGGUUCAUCACCACGGGAGUAAAAUGUUGCGCUCGGAAUCAAACUCUUCAAUUACUCAGUCUCCUAUAGGUUGGCAACAAAUCUCACACUUUCUCACCUUGCUCCAUGAACCCCCUAGUGCCAAAGGAAGGACAAACAUGGAGCUGCGAGAAAAGUUCAUUCUCCCAGAAGGCACCACUCAGAUGAUGGCCAGCUUCCGGUAUAGAGGUCGUAGGUCGCGGCCGUCGUCACGAGCUGCCUCUCCCAACCGGUCAAACUCUAACCAUAGCUGUCCAGCCCAGCAUAAUAACCCAGCCUUGACCAGCACACCCAAGACUCCCCAACACAUAACCCGCAAUUAUGAUAAGCCCUGGCUGACAAACAGCAAACCCUCCAGUCCUCUAAAAUCAUCAGACUCCUUUGAGAGCCAAGGUUCAUCCUCCGAGAGCAUCCCGAUACAGGGAAGCAAACUGCGGCUCCCUGGAUACUUGUCAGGAAAAGGUUUCCAGUCGGGAGAAGAGCAGGGAACCCUGAUCAAUGCUGCUGUGAUGAAAGCACGGGGGCAGGCAAUAGGCUUUGAAUCGAGAAGACCCGGCAGCCGACCUGGAAGUAAAGCAGGUAGCCGAGGCAGCAGCCGGAGAGGAAGCGAUGCUUCAGACUUCGACAUCUCCGAUAUCGCAUCGGUGUGCUCUGAAACGUCAGAGAUGGUGGGUGACACCAGUCGGGCCACACCCCGCUCAUCGUCACGUCAACACGGAGGCAAACCCUCCAAAAUCCCCACUCCUCAAAGGAGGUUGACCCCCAGCAAACUGGCCAAGACCUCCAAGAGAUAGUCAUUGGCCUUGAGACAACUAUGGGAGCCCCGUUGGCCCAAAGUGGCCCUCCUGGUUCCACAAGACAUAUGGAGACUGGAGACACUAGAACUGACACAAGAGACUGGUGUAUGUGUUAAUUAUUUAAAGUGUUGCGAAGAUGUUAAAUAUUCUGUUGAGAGAAAAAAUGGUUUAAUAUUAAGUGUGAAUGGAAUGUCAAUGGCCUUGUGUAUUUGUGUAUUUGUGUAUUUGUCUUAAUGUAUUUUAUUUUCUGUGAAUAAUGUCAAAUUAUUAUGAUCAUUUUAUUUUAUUGACGCUAAACCUGAAGAGGUACAAAAAACUGAAAGAAAAAAAAAACAUGGAAAAGACUACAUUGUCGUUCUAACACUUUUACACACUAAUGAAUGGUAAAGCACAGCAUUGUGCUCUGAGAGAGAUACUGAAUGUACUGUCAUUUCUGUAUGCUGACAUGCGUGUGACAAACGGUGUAUCGCGCUACUCUGUGGGACACCAAUGAUCUAUUAUCUAUUUAAAGUGCAAUGAUGUACUGCCAAAAUAUGCAUUUAAAGGGCGAUACAAUAUACAUGUAGCCUACCACAUAGUAAACACUACAAAUAAUGAUGUUCUGACAGAGAAGUCUGUUGAUGGCAAGUUCACGCAGAAACCCCUCAAUAUCCAGGCUUUAAAAUACUUCAACUUUCCUUAGCACCUGCAGGUAAUACUGUUUUGUUUGGUCAACUUACAGCGAUGUGUGCCAUUUUACCUUGAAGAAGGGCCCCCCGGCGCCCUGAGUAGACAUUCUUUAGUGCAUCAUCAUGUCAGUGUAUGGUUCAUUUAGCUGGAGUGGAAAGGAUUACUGUAACCUUUUUGUAAUAAAUUUGCUUGCAGAAAGCUACCAUGGGA